UGGCAUCCGGGAUAUAAAAAUGUACUAGAGGCCUAACCUUUGGAAUAAAAUCUGGCAUAGUUCGGCUCUUAAGACAGGCUUGACAACCCUGCACAUCUUCACAGUGCUUCCUUGGGCCCUUGCUGCUUGCUUGAAUGUCUUCCGAAAUGUCGUCGGAGCUCAGGAGGCGAGGAGCUGGCGGAGAUCACGAAACCGAAAACGUUGGUGACAAGGAUAUAGAUGAAAAUGAAAAAAUUGGUGAACUGGACCUCAGAAAUGUUUUAGAAGUUCCUGAAGUUGUUCCAGCAAAAGACAGCACUCCAAAAUUUUUUAAAAAGGCUCUUUCUGGCUUAUCUUCCAGAUGGAAGAACUGGUGGAUUCGUGGAAUUUUAACUUUAGCAAUGAUUUCAGGUUUCUCCCUUAUUAUAUACAUGGGAUCAUUUAUGCUGAUGCUGCUUGUCUUAACCAUACAAGUCAAGUGCUUUCAUGAAAUCAUCACUAUAGGUUACAGAGUUUAUCGAUCUUAUGACUUACCGUGGUUUAGAACAUUAAGCUGGUAUUUCUUGUUAUGUGUGAACUAUUUCUUUUACGGUGAGACAGUAGCAGAUUACUUUGCUACUUUUGUUCAGAGACGAGAACAACUUCAAUUCCUAAUUCGCUACCACCGAUUUAUAUCUUUUACACUUUAUCUGGCAGGAUUUUGUAUGUUUGUGUUGAGUUUGGUGAAGAGACAUUAUCGCUUACAGUUUUAUAUGUUCGCAUGGACUCAUGUCACUUUGCUGAUCACUGUAACUCAGUCUCAUCUUGUCAUCCAAAAUCUGUUUGAAGGCAUGAUCUGGUUUCUUGUUCCAAUCUCAAGUGUCAUUUGCAAUGAUAUUGCUGCUUAUAUAUUUGGAUUCUUCUUUGGCAGAACACCAUUAAUUAAGCUCUCUCCCAAAAAGACCUGGGAAGGUUUCAUUGGUGGCUUCUUUAUCACAGUCAUAUUUGGAUUUAUUGUCGCGCAUCUCCUGGCACAAUACCAGUACUUCGUAUGUCCUGUGGAAUACAACAGCGAAACUAACAGGUUUGUCACAGAAUGUGAACCAUCAGAACUUUUCCAGCUAAAGAAGUACUCCUUACCGCCGUUGCUUCAAGUUGUUCUGAGAAAGGAAACUGUGACGAUGUAUCCAUUCCAGAUGCACAGCUUUGCUCUGUCAACAUUUGCAUCUUUAAUUGGGCCAUUUGGAGGGUUUUUUGCUAGUGGAUUCAAAAGAGCUUUCAAAAUCAAGGAUUUUGCUGAUACUAUUCCUGGCCACGGUGGAAUAAUGGAUCGUUUUGAUUGUCAGUACUUGAUGGCUACUUUUGUACAUGUCUACAUUACCAGUUUCAUAAGAGGUCCGAAUCCCAGCAAAUUGCUGAACCAACUCUUGGUACUCCAGCCAGAGGAGCAAUUGAACAUUUAUAAAACUUUGAAAUCACACCUCAUUGAGAAAGGACUCCUCCAGCCAUCCUUGAGGGGAUAGGAGGACUGAACGGUGGACUACCAAGGGAAGCCCCGCUGGGACCCCAGUUCUGCUUCUGCGGAGAGAGAGAGAGGCGUGUGGGAAUCAAGCCAGCCUGUGUCCAAAGAUAUGACUGUUUACGGAGAAUACUGUGAACACCCGGGAUGCCAUGCAAGAUUUUUAAGUUUCUCUUUAACCAACCGCAUGUUUUUUGCAAUAAUUUAUAUUCUCGAAUGAAUGGAAUGAGACGUCUUGCUUUGGUCUUAACUGUUCUGUUCUGAGCAAUGAUGCACCUGCUCCUAGUAAAUAAAAG